GGGCUGUUCCCAGCACUGGAGUGGGAGGAAUGCUCCCAGCUGUACCCUAAGACAUCCCCGUGUGAGUGGUCCCAGUUAUCCUCAGCCUCCAGCAUCACCCAUUCCAGCUCUCUCCCCAGCUCCGUGGUGGCUCUGCAGUGACUGGGGAAGCUCAGGGACCUGCAGGUGACCCGGGACAGGCGGGACAGUGACAGAGUGUGGAGGGGACGUGUAAGGAAGCAGCUCCUUUGCCCUACAAGUGUGGUUUUCCUGGGGAUUUCCUGGCUGAUGUAAGACAGCGCAUGGGGAAAACAUCGGCCUGGAGCCCAAGGGAGAAGGUGCAGAGCCCCAGGGAGCAGCUGGAGCAGAGACACGGGCAUCACCUGCCCCAGCACCCUCAUCCCCAGCCUGGGGGACACAUCCAGUGCCUGUCCUGACUGUGCCAGCACCCUGUGAGGAGCCGGUGGCACCACCAUGUCCCAGGCAGGAGGUACAGCAGAACCCUGGGUGUGUCCCCAGGGGGGCACAGGGGACCCCAGCAAUGGAGCUGAGGAGGCCUUUGAACACCGUGAUGUGGUCAUCAACAGCCAGGACAAGGUUUCAGAUGUGUACACACAGCUGGAGAAGCUGGGGCAGGGGAAAUUCGGGACCGUGUACCGGCUGCAGGAAAAGGCCACCGGCAAAAUCCGGGCUGGGAAAUAUUUCCGGACACGCACGGCAAAGGAGAAGGAGGCGGCUCGGGCUGAGGUGGAGCUGAUGAACCUCCUGCAUCACCCACGCCUCGUGCAGUGCCUCGACGCCUUCCAGGGCCCCUCAGAGCUGGUGAUGGUGAUGGAGUAUGUGGAGGGUGGGGAGCUCUUCGAGCGCAUCGUGGACGACGACUUCGAGCACACAGAGCCCAGCAGUGCCCAGUACGUGCGGCAGAUCCUGGAAGGGCUGCAGUUCAUGCACGGCCAGGCCAUCGUCCACCUCGACCUCAAACCCGAGAACAUCGUCUGCGUCAGCCCCGGCAGCCACUGGAUCAAGAUCAUCGACUUUGGGCUGGCACGGAAGCUGGCUCCAGACACCCCUGUGAAGGUGUUGCACGGCACCCCUGAAUUCAUGGCUCCAGAAGUGGUGGCCUUUGAGCCCGUGAGCUUCUCCACAGACAUGUGGAGCGUUGGUGUCAUCUGCUACAUCCUGCUGAGCGGGGAGUCGCCCUUCCAGGGGGACACUGACAUGGAGACACUGAGCAAUGUCACAGCUGCCCAGUGGGACUUUGAGGAGGAGAUCUUCUCAGAGAUCUCCCAGCAAGCCAAGGACUUCAUCAGCCAGCUGCUGCAGAAGGACCCCCGCCGGCGGCUCCCGAGUGCGGGGGCUCUUGUGCACCCCUGGCUGCAGCAGCCCCAGCCCAGCAGCCCCAGGGCGCUCCCCAAGGAGAGGAUCAGGCAGUUCCUGGCGCGUCGGAAGUGGCAGAAAACAGGGAAAGCCCUGCUGGCUCUCAAGAGGCUGACCCUGCUGUCCCAGAGCCCGGAGGGGAAGGCAUCAGAGGCUCAGGAUGAGGAAGGUCUGGAGAAGGAGCAGCCCUCUGGGGCUCUGCCCCAACGAGGUCCCAACCCCUCGGAGCUGCUGAUGGAGCGGGAGGAAGAGGAGGAGGAGGAUGGUGGGAGCAUUGCAGCCUCAGGGCAGUGACAGCCUGGCCCUGUCCCCCCCAUCCUGGAUCACCUGGAGAUGAUGGGGAUGGUGCCCCCUCCAGCAGCUCCCACAGUGCCCUGGCCAGCCUGGCACAGACCCAGACCCCUCUGUGGGUGAGCUCUGGGGUCCCAAGGUGUCCCUGCAAGGAAUCCAGGCACCACCAAUAAAGCACUGACAAUCUCUGCACUCC